AAGAAGAAGAAAAUGAAACCAAUGGAAUUCGCCCUCAGUUCAUUGGUCUGCUGUGCCUGUCUGCUAGCAAAACAGCUGUUUUAAUUGUUCAUAUUCAAGUGUAUGUGACCCAUGAUUAUUAGAGAAUGUCUACCCGGGCUCUGCGAAGACUUAAAGGUAAACAGAGAGGCCAGGAGGCGUUGGACUUGGGAGAUUUAACUUUGGGUGACAGCCCGGAGGAGCAAGCUGAGGCUGAAGAGGAGCAGCUGGACACGGCUAACGUUCCUCCUGCUUCUAACAAGAAAAGCAGCAGCCGAAAGGCAAAGAAAAGCAAGGCUCAGAAAAACUUCAGCAACAUUUAUGAGUUGAUCGGUAAUGCAGAGGCCGAAGGAGAGAAAAUUUCACCUGACGAAGAGGCGGCGAAACCAGACAGAAACAAAUCAAGUGAUGCAGGAAACAAUGACAAUAGAGACGCAGACAAACCUGAUCAAAAGCAUGAAGGAGAGUCCACCAAGCCAGUUAAAAAGAAGAAGAAAAAGAAAAAGGCAAAAGUGACAUCAGAAGAAGGACAGGAGACUGCAGCAGAUGAUAACAUUGAUUUAUUGCUGGAAAACUUGGAGCAAUCUAAUGGUCUGAGUUUGCAAAAUGAUGAUUCUGGAGUCUCUGACAGAAGGUCUGUGCUACAUGUGGAGCACAGGAAUCUCAACCCAGAGACAGAGCUGAAGAGAUACUUUGGAGCUCGAGCUGUUCUAGGCGAUCAAAGACCUCGACAGAGGAACAGACAGUUUCACCGUAGCACCUGGAUGACCGGUCCAAAGGACAGCUGGCCUCGCUUCAGCCGCCCAGGAAUCUCAAUGACCUUACUGGAGACAAAGGAUGGCAUUCAUUACUUCACUUUUGAGCACAGUCGGGACUACCAGCAAGUACAGUUCAAGUUCCUGGAUGCAGUUGAAUCCAUGGAUCCCAACAACAUUGUGGCCCUGCUUCAGCUUAACCCCUACCACAUUGAUUCCUUGCUGCAACUUUCAGAUGUCUGUCGCAUACAAGAAGAUCAGGAGAUGGCCAGGGACCUUAUUGAGCGGGCCUUGUACAGCUUUGAGUGUGCUUUUCAUCCUUUAUUCAGUCUGACAUCAGGCACCAGCAGACUGGAUUAUCUGAGACCAGAAAACAGAGCAUUUUAUCUGGCUCUGUAUAAGCACAUGAUGUUCCUGGAGAAGAGAGGAUGCCCAAGGACAGCUUUGGAGUACUGCAAACUGAUCCUGAGUUUGGAUCCGGACUCUGACUCUCUUUGCAUGCUCCUGCUCAUUGAUUUCCUGGCAAUUCGUUCCAGAGAGUACCAGGCUCUCCUUCAGUUAUAUCAGGACUGGGAGGAGCACAGAAAUCUGUCUCAGCUCCCAAACUUUGCAUUCUCCACUGCCCUCUGCUAUUUCCAUUUAAGUCAGCAGGACAAUGUGGAUCCUGAAGAAAGUUGCAGACUAAGACACAAAGCUGACCAGCUGCUACAGAAUGCUCUCAUCAUGUUCCCUGGAGUCUUGAUGCCUUUACUGGAUCUGUGUACUGUGCAGGCAGAUGCCACAGUCACCUCUCACAGCUUCUUUGGCCCAAAGAGCCAGAUAGGGCAGCUGCCAGCCCUAGCUGAACUGACAGGUCUGUAUGUGGGGAGAACUUACACCCUGUGGAGGGAGGCAGCAGUGAUGCUUUGGCUGGAAGAGACUGUGAAAGAAGUGCUGCGUCGAGCUGAUGCCAAAGACCCUCUAGUGGAGGACUGCCAAAACAAGAGAAAGCAGAGGUACCAAAGUGCACCAAGGAACAUCCAUCGCCAUGUCCUGCUCUCUGAAAUCAAAGAAGCCACCUCAACUCUGCCUCUGGAGGUGACCACUCAGCCUGUGAUGGGAUUUGACCCUCUGCCCCCACUCGACUCAGUGAUAUCAUAUACCCGACCAGCAAGGCAGCGCGUUGGUCCAUCCAAUGAGAGUACAUUUUCUCUGUUUUUCCGGUCAUUGUUGCCAAACUUUAACCUUCAGGGUGCACCAAGGCAGGAAGAUGACAUGGAAGUGGCUCGAGCUGGUCAGGAGCUGAACCAGGAAGUGAAUCGCUUAAUGGUGGCAAUGAGGGACAUGCUGGCAAACAUCCGGUUUCAGGAACCACCAAGAGAGGACAACCCCUACAGAGAUGAUGAGGAAUGGGACUGAGAGAGGAGGGAGACAGGUGGACUAAGUGUUGGAUGAAGAGGAAUAAAAUGGACAUACUUAAAAAAAAAAAAAAAAUUUAAAAAACAUGAUGUUAAUAAUUAAGAAGAGAUUGAGUGGGACAGCUGGAUGAUAUUUUAUUAUUUGUCACAGUUUCAGAAUACUAGACUGAUUUAAAAAAAAUAGCAUAAAUGCUACUGGGGUAAUGUUGAUGACUGUGAACCUGGCAAACUUCCUUCCAGUGUCUGAAACAGAUUGCUAGUAGAACCUGACAUGUUGCCAAGGUUAACAGUAUUAUUUAUAAUAACUAGUUCCAUAAUCAACCUCCAAGCAUUGUCAGUUCAGUAGCACUAACACGAGUGCUACUCUUUAUCUGGUUUCUGGCUUUUCUGAGAGUUUUUCCUUUCUCACACUCACUCACACAGUGAAUGACUUUAUGACGUUAGAGUGAGAUUCAUACAGUCUUAUUUUGAGUGGAAGUUCUGUAUCAAAAUGUUGUUUGACUGCACUUUAAUACAUUUACACAGAAGCAGAAAGAGUUUUCUCAUUGAUUUGAUCACCCCCAAUAAAAAAUUUUCUUGAUGCCUAAAAUGA